AUGGAUUUAUUAGAAAGGCAGCUCAUUCCAAGGGUUCGAUUGUUUGAGAAGUGUUUGGAAGAGGCGAGUGGACGUCUAGCAGCCUCAGAAACAGCCUGUGCUGCAUGGCAACCUACUACAGAUCCUGGCCAAGCUGCUAACCAACUCGACAGUCUUCAGAAAUUCGGCGAAAGGCUGGGACCCUUACAAAGGUCAAUAGAAGACCUCAAUGACCAUGUUGCAUCGUUCAGAAGUGGGAGCGUUAACAUCUCUCCUGCUCUCCUUUCGAGGGUUGAUGAUCUCAAUGCUAGGUGGCGAGUGAUCCAGAUGACAGUAGAUGAUAGGUUUAGGGCACUAAGAGGACUGAGCUCUGGUGGCGUCGCGCCUAACCAUUCCUUCCUUUCAGCAUCCGUUGAACACCCAUGGGAGCGAGCUACCACCCCUGCAAAGGUCCCAUACUACAUUAAUCACCAAACAGAGACAACACACUGGGACCAUCCGAAAAUGAUCGAAUUAAUGAACUCACUUUCUGAACUCAAUGAAGUUCGUUUCUCUGCAUAUAGAACUGCUUUGAAGCUGCGCACUGUUCAGAAGAGAAUUUGCUUGGACCUAGUUACUGUGACAAGGGCUAUCGAUGUGUUCGACACUCACGGCCUCAGAGCGCAGAAUGACAAAGUUCUGGAUGUUACAGACAUGAUCAGUGUUCUAAGAACAAUCUACGAGACCCUCGCAGGAGAAAAUCCUUCGUUAGUUAACGUUCCUCUCUGCCUUGACUUAGCUGUCAAUUGGCUUUUGAAUGUCUACGACAGCCAAAGAACUGGACAAAUGAGAGUACUCUCAUUUAAAAUUGGUAUAGUACUACUUUGUAAAGGUCAUUUGGAACAAAAAUAUGGAUAUAUGUUUAGGUUAAUGGCUGAUCCAAACAGACUAGUUGACCAGAGGAAGCUUGGUCUUUUGUUGCAUGAUUGCAUUCAAAUACCUCGUCAGCUUGGAGAAGUUGCAGCUUUUGGAGGAUCCAACAUAGAACCUUCUGUCCGAAGUUGCUUCGAUGAAGCUGGAAAUAAUGCAACACAUAUUGAGGCAAUCCAGUUUCUUAGUUGGUUGGAAAAAGAACCACAAAGUAUGGUAUGGCUUCCUGUUCUUCACAGAGUUGCAGCAAGUGAAUCAGCAAAACAUCAAGCAAAAUGCAAUAUUUGUAAAGCUUAUCCAAUCUUAGGUUUUAGAUAUCGUUGCCUGAAGUGUCUUAACUUUGAUAUGUGUUCAGCAUGUUUCUUCUCUGGCCGCAAAGCUAAAAAUCAUAAACUUAGUCACCCAAUGCAGGAAUAUUGUACAGCAACUACCUCUGGCGAAGACGUAAGAGAUUUCACGAGAGCCCUUAGGAAUAAAUUCAAGUCGAAGAAGUAUUGGAACAAGCACCCGAGAGUGGGAUACCUUCCGGUCCAGACAGUGUUAGAGGGAGAUCCGUUGGCAGCACCUCCUACUCCACCUCACGCUCCUGCCGCCUCCCAGCAUGAUGUCCAUUCCACAUUGGAAAUGUAUGCUUCCAGGCUGGCAGAGGUUGAGCUUCGCACUCGCACCAAUUCCACGCCUGAUUCAGAUGAUGAGCACACUCUUAUAGCUGCCUAUUGUAGCUCGUUGAACGGGGGAGAGCCGUCGUCCAUACCAAGGAGCCCGGUACAGAUCAUCCAAGCGAUUGAUGCUGAUCAGCGCCAUGAGUUGGAGAACAUGAUAAGGGAACUGGAGGAAGAGAAUGCAGGGCUGCAGGCUGAAUGGGAGAGGCUGAGACGACAAUCAGGGGCCAGCGAUGGAGUCGAAGAGGCAGAUAUGGCAGCAGAAGCAAGGCUACUUCGCCAGCACAAGGGCAGGCUCGAAGCAAGGAUGCAGAUACUUGAGGACCACAACAGGCAACUGGAAGCACAACUCCAGAGGCUCAGGCAUCUCCUACAUGAGCCGAGCAGCAAAUCUGGGACAGGAACGCUGCAGACUCGAUCAGUGACAGCUUCACAGCUCGCCCAAGAUUCACCUGCCAAGCAGCACGAGCAAGCAGGAUUGGGAUGUUUAGGUGCUCGCUGGGAGAGGCCCCCGCCUCCGGCCAUGUCUGUAUCCCACAACCUGUCGACCCUUCAUCACAUUGCAGCCGACGUCGGGAGAGCAGUACACGAACUGGUGGCACUGCUAACCAACAGUGAAGAAGGGACCGCCGCUGCGUCAUAA